CGUGUCGUAGGCCCGGCAUUCCCAGCGUCAUUUUAUGGCUACCUAGUCUUUGGUUAGGACCAUCACAAAAUGACUGCAAGUCAAGCAUUCGCUUUGGAAAUUGAUGGGCCACAGGUGAAGCUUCAUGAAGUUGCACCGGCAUCGAAUCCCACACAUCACAACGACACGCGCGGUGGAUGUGUCGCGCAUGAUGCAAGACCAACAUCUAAAAACAAUAUCCUCUCUCGGAGAGCGUCCGAAGAGAAAAAGCAGCAUCGCAGACGGUCAAUUGGCAAGGAUGCGUCUAUACUCUUCAUCGGACCUCGUGGGAACGGAAAAUCCAGCUUGGCAGUCAUAGCUGGGCUGAUUUUGAAGAGAAGAGUCAUUGAUGCUGAUGAUCAUUUCACCACAACCACAGGACUAUCUAAGUCCGCUUUCAGGAAAAAGCAUGGCCGCGAAAGAUACCGGGAGCAAGAACUGGAGUCAACUCGGAAUAUGCUUGCACAAUAUGACAAGGAUUGUGUAAUCGCCUGCGGACCAUGUAUAGCAGCGGAACAAUGUCGACAAUUUAUGACUGAGUACCGGAAGAACCAUCCAGUUAUUUACGUUGUUCGGCCAAUUGAGGAAAUUGAAGAUUAUCUGGGACUCCAGGGGAAUGGUAAUAUACAGAAGUGGAUGAGCGACGUUCAUGCAAUCUACAACGGGCUUUCGAAUUUCGAAUUCUUCAACCUGCCCGAGAGAUACGGGGACAGCCGGCGAUGUGCGGCGCAGGAGAGCCUGGAAGCAGUCCUUCCGCACCGUUUGAUGCGCCGGAAGAAGGUCCAAGCACUGCAGAAGACUCAGACUGCACUGGCAAGAUUUCUCGCAGCCGCCCUGGGAUACGAUUCCUCACCUCUUUCAGACGGCGUCUUCCCAACAUUGUAUCCAGACUUUCCGGAGCGCAGGGCCUAUUCAACUGCCUUGUGUAUCUCCGUUUCUUCCCUCGCAAACGGAUCUGUGGACCUUCGACGGAUCGCCGCUGGAGCAGAUGCAGUGGAAUUGAUUGUAGACACCGAGAGUUCUCAGUGUAGGGCUCUGGUCACUUCAGGAACGGUCGCACGGUUCAUUGCAGAGAUCCGCCGUUUUUUGUCUGUUCCGAUCAUUUAUCAUGCUCGCUCUAACGACAGCAUGGACGGUGAUUGGGCUUUGUAUUUCGACCUGCUGUAUCAGGGUUUGCGUUUUGCGCCAGAAUACCUUACUGUCGACCUGAAUGCUCCGGAGGCAGGGAUCUGCGCAUUGGUUCUGAACAGAGGCAUGACAGUUAUAGUCGGCCAUCGCCACAACACGUCAGCUGGGGAUCAUUUCUGGCGAUCUCACCAUCCACUCGAACAGUAUAGGAGAGCGCUUCGUCUUGGAUGCGGCUUGGUGAGAAUUUCGAAGCCUUGCGAAAGCAUGACGGAGAACUUCUCGUGCCUGACCCUGAUUGAAAAAGUUAACGCUUUACCCGACGGCAUUCCUAUCAUCGCUUACAACACAGGUCAACUAGGGUCGUUGUCCGUGGCAUUCAAUCCCAUUUUGACACCAGUUGUGCAUGCAUCCGAGCAGCAACAUCAAGCGGAGCAUUAUCUGCAUGCCUCCUCAGAAAUGACUGUCCGCCAAAGAUGGAACACGUUGUUUUCGCUACACGCCUUGCAGGCCCUUCGGUACUAUGUUGUCGGCUCAACUGUGGAAAGCAGCUUGUCCCCUGCCAUGCACAAUGCUGCAUUUCAAACGCUCGGAAUGCCCCAUACUUACACCAGCCGAGAGGCGAAGCUGCUAGACGAACUCCUCCCAAUAUUUCUAGACCCAACGUUCGGAGGUGCCAGCGUGAGCUUGCCGUUCAAGACGGAAGUCCUAACUUUGGUCAAGAAGGUCAGCCGCUCUGUUGAAGUCAUUGGUGCCUCAAACACGAUCCUUCCGAUUCGCGCAUCUAGCGCAUAUCAAGGCCUCCCUGAUCCGCGAUGUAAAGCUCAAAAACAUCAUGAUGGACCGGUUACAAUGCUCUAUGCAGACAAUACUGAUUGGAUGGGCAUCUACGCAUGCGUGUCUCGUUCCAUCUCCCCAGCAAACUCUGUGAAUCCACAGACAUCUGGGCUUGUUGUCGGGGCGGGUGGCAUGGCACGUGCAGCUGUUUACUGCUUGUUGUACUUGGGUGUACGAAACAUUUGCAUCGUCAACCGCACAGUAGUACACGCUCGAUCGCUUGCCAACCAUUAUGAUAAAGUCUAUGCAAAGUUCUUGAAGCACGAGCGCGAUGACUGUCAGCCACGAGAGAAAAGCCAACCUUGCGAUCUGAGAAUUAAAGUCCUCGAGUCCGUUGAUGCUCCUUGGCCUGAGAAUUUCACCCAACCGAGCAUCGUCAUAUGCGCCAUCAAGGCCUACGACAGGGCACGGAUGGACAGCGAGCCUUUCCGAAUGCCAAGUCAAUGGACAAAGAAUCCCACAGGAGGUGUCAUUGUCGAACUGGCUUACCAUACCUCGGAGACCCCGUUGAUGCAACAACUACGAGAGGAAACGCACCCUGGAUGGACGGUCAUUGACCCCGUCGAGGUCCUGUUCGAACAAGCUUGUGCGCAGUUCGAGCUCUUCACCAGUAGCAGAGCUCCCCGAGAAGCAAUGUGGGCGGCGUGUCUUAGUGAUUAUGCUGACAAGAUGAAAUGUAACGCCUACAGGAGUGUAUGAGGGUGCUCCUGGCAUGCUGGGUUGUUGUAUUGAAGAACCGGCACCAUAUUAGGGAUAAUUUGGCGUUGCGAUUGAUAGGGGAAUUGUUUUCGGACGGGCACUUCACAGGCACACUUCGUCUCUCGUGGCAAUCAGCACAAAUUCAUCUUCAUUGCUG